AUGACUUCCCAAGACUUUAUUAUCGACAAGGUUGAUGAUUUUAAUGAUUUAAAUGCAUAUAUAAGCAACAAAGCCAUGAAUGCACUUGGAAUUUCAGAUGGUUCUGUUGUUUCAGUCAGGAAUCAACAAAAUUCACAAACACUUGUCGCCAUUCAAGGUUGUGAUAUGCCUGAUAAUGUCAUUAGACUUAGUCGAUGCCACAGGAUUAAUAUAGGCAGCUUUCUCGGUGAAACAGUCAAAAUCUCGAAACCAAUCAAAUCUCAAAAGGCAGAAAUCGUAUUAGUAGCACCAAUUGCCGACACAAUUAACGGAAUUUCUGGUAAUUUCUGCGAUUUGAUUCAAGAGUCAAGUUAUAAAUUUAAUAAUUUUCCCGUUUAUCCAAACUUCAUUUUCCCAGUCUACACAAUGCAACGUGUUGUUGAGUUUCAAGUUAUUAAAUGCUCACCAAGUGGAGCUCACGUCAUUGUUACGAGUGCAGAUGUAUUCUCUUCCAGAUCACAACCAGUCAACCGUACUGGACAGCCUCAUUUCGAAGGAAUUACAUACGAUGAUAUCGGCGGAAUCGAUUCAUCUCUUAAAAAAGUUCGUACUUCCAUAGAAAGACCUUUAUUAUCACCAAACUACGCAAGAGGCAACGAACCAAAGGCAGUAUUAAUUACAGCUCCAGCAGGAUGUGGUAAAACACUCCUUGGAUCAGCAAUUCCGAACGAAACUUCAUCAGAUUUUCUCGGAAUCAAAGGAUCUGACAUCAUUUCUAUACGUCUCGAAGCCGCCGUUAACUUCAUUAAGUCUGCUUCUAAUGCUGCCGCUCAAAAAUCUCCUUUCAUUGUUUUCAUUGAUGAUAUUGAUACGAUUUCAUGCCAACAAUACAACGAAGAUGGCACACCAAACAACACAUUAUCGAAUGCCAUCGCUCAAUUCAUCAAAGGAAUAAAGGAUCAAGACAAAAAAGUUGUAAUCGCAACAGCUCGCCAUCCGGAGUCGAUUGUUCCUGCUGUGGUCCAACUUUUCGACGAUAAGGUCGUGAUUAAUUUACCAAAUGACCAAGAAAAAAUGAAAAUCGCCGAAGCAGUGACAAGAAAGAUGGAAAUAUGCGGAGAUGGAGCAUUACAAGCACUUGUUGAUGGAUCUGAAACUGGUUCCGAUAUUGAAAUGAAGGCCCAAGACCAACUUACGGAAAAAAUGAUGAAUAUUCUUUCCAAAGUUGACCCAUUAGCUCCAACUCUUUCAUUAAAGAUGUUGCAGGAGGUCGCUGUCGGAGAAGGCAACGCCGAAUCCCGCAAAUCUUUCAAGAAUAGGGAGGCCAAGAAGAAUAUCGAACAAAAACCACAGCCAAAGAAGCAAAAGAAGAGAAAUCAGCACUUCGAGACCCCAGGAGAACCGAAAUCUCUCGAUCCUUUCGGCGAUAUCAUGGACGAAGGAGAUGAUGAAAUCAAUGUUGAAGCACUGAUGUCAUCUAGGCAACCAAUCAAGUCCUCAGGCACAUUCCCAGAGAUGGAUGCCUUCAAUGAUCAGCCAGCUCCUGCCGCAACCGAUCCAUUUGCUGCAAAUCAGCCAGAAGAUCCAUUCGCAGCUCCAAAACAGGAACAAAAGAAGCAAGAACCGGUAGAUCUAUUCGCAGCUCCAAAACCAAUGCCAAUGUCCACAGAUCCGUUCGCAAUGCCAUCUCAACCGGCAUUAUCGAACGAUCCAUUUGCAAUCGUACCAGGAAAAGGCCCAGACUCGAUGCCAAAGCCCAGAGCUGAUCCAUUCUCCCCAACAUCAGAUCCAUUUGCAUCUAAGUCUAAAACGGCCGACCCAUUCGCCAUGCCAGCACCUGAUCAGUUCGAGGCAAAGCCAGCGCCGAAGACCGAUCUAUUUGCGGCCCCUGCAUCAGAUCCAUUUGCACAAUCUGCCACAGAGGAUCCAUUUGCAUCAGAAUCUGUAAGCGAGGAUCCAUUCGGUGCUCCUGCCAAGUCCGAAAAGAAGGCAGAUCCUUUCGCAGCUCCACAAUCAGAUCCAUUUGCAGCUCCUCCAGCGAAAGAGUCCAAGCCAUCGGCAGAUCCAUUCGCUGCAGCACCUGUAGAAUCCGGAGAUCCAUUUGCUGCUCCUUCAAUUGCAGUCAAAGUCUCAGCAGAUCCAUUUGGAGCUCCAGCUCCUAAGAAAGAGUCCAAACCAUCAGCAGAUCCAUUUGCUGCUGCUCCUAAGCAGUCAGAAGAUCUAUUCGCUGCUCCUCCAAAGCAAACUAAACCUUCUGAUGAUCCAUUUGCUGCUCCACCACAAAAGGAGUCGAAACCAUCAUCAGAUCCGUUCGCAGCAGCAGCCAAACCAUCAGAAGAUCCAUUUGCUGCCUCUAAACCACAAGAUGAUCCAUUUGGUAAUAGUAAACCAAAGAAAGACGCAAAACCAUCAUCAGAUCCAUUCGCUGCUCCUCCUAAACAGGCAGAUGAUCCAUUUGCAGCUCCAUCUGAAAAGGCCAAACAAAAUGAUGAUCCAUUUGCUUCCAAGAAACAGCCAGCCGAUCCAUUUGCAGCAGCACCUGUUUCAGGCGAUCCAUUUGCCUCGAAAUACCAACCAGAAAAGGAAGAUCCUUUCGCAUCAAAGCCAAAAGAAGAUCCAUUCGCUUCCCAGCCGAAGAAGGCUGAGGAUCCAUUCGCUUCUAAGGCCAAAGAGGACCCAUUCGCCUCAAAUCAGAAGAAAGGAGAAGAUCCAUUUGGUUCCGUCAAGAAGAAAGAGGACCCAUUCGCUUCUAACAAGGCAGAUCCUUUCGCUUCCAAGCCAAAAGAAGAUCCAUUCGCUUCCCAGUCGAAGAAGACUGAAGAUCCAUUUGGAUCUGUCAAAAAGAAAGAAGAUCCAUUCGCUUCUAAGCCACAGAUUGACCCAUUCGGCUCUGUAAAGAAGAAAGAAGACCCAUUCGCCUCAAAACCAACAUCCGAUCCGUUCGGAUCUGUCAAGAAGAAGGACAAUGACCAAUUUGCCAAGAAAUCCGACCCAUUUGCCACUCCGAAAGCCGAUCCAUUCGCUACAACUAAACCGAAAAAGGUCGAAGAUCCAUUUGCUACUCCGAAACCGAAACAAGACCCAUUCUCUCGUAAGGCCAAGGAGGAUCCAUUCGCUUCUAAACCGAAAUCGGAUCCUUUCGCCAAACCAAAUAACGAUGAUCCUUUCGCAUCUAAGCCAAAGGAAGAUCCAUUCGCUUCUACGAACGCAAAGAAAUCGAACGAUCCAUUUGCCAAGCCUAAAAAUGAUGAUCCGUUCGCUAAAAAGCCAAAAGUCGAAGAUGAUCCUUUCGCAUCUAAGCCAAAGGAAGAUCCAUUCGCAACACCAUCAUCCAAGUCAAAGCGUAAGAACGAAGAUGAUCCAUUUGGCUCAACAUCGAACUUUAAUACGAUGGCAGGAGAUCCAUUUGCCUCUUCCCACAGACAAAAGGCAACUUACGAGGAUCCAUUCACAUCUGUAUCGAAAUUCCAAGAAGACAAGAAGAAUACGGAUGAUCCAUUCUCAUCAAAGAAAGAUUUAACAAUUGCUCCACCUCCAAAUGAAGCUUCCAAGGCCAAGAAGUCCCAGGAUCCAUUCUCUACAACAGAUUCGAACUCACCUCUUGAAGCCGAUCCAUUUGCUCCUAAGAGAACCCCUCCAGUUUCAAAAGAUCCAUUUGCAACAGUUCCAUCUGAUUCCAAACUCAAAGAGGACACAAAAGAUCCAUUUGCUUCCAAUCCACAGUCCGCAGAUCCAUUCCAAACUUCCGGAGAUGAUCCAUUUGUAUCUCCAAGUUCACAAACCAUCGAUGAUCCAUUUGCAAACAAUCCAUUCUCCAAUUCUAGUAAUGCUGAUCCAUUCUCAGCCUCUGCUGACGACCCAUUCGCAAAUCCAUCUCCAUUACAACCGAAAGAAGAGUCAGAACCACCGAAAUCAGAAGAUCCAUUCGCUGCUCUAGCCAAAACAUCGCCACAGCCAUCAGCAGAUCCAUUCGCCGCCCAACCGAAAUCAGCUGAUCCUUUCUCAAACCCAGACAAACAGGAAGAAGACCCAUUUGCAGGUGGAGAUCCCUUCGCAGCACCUCCAAAGAACGGUUCUGCCGACCCAUUUGCCAUUCCUCCAGGCGCAGAUCCAUUUGCAGCUGCAGCGGGAGGAGCAGAUCCAUUCCAAGUCAACAAAGAUGAUCCAUUUGGAGAGAAUAAGUCAUCUGCACCGCCAUCAGCUGAUCCAUUCGCUGCAACUCCGAUAAAGGAGAGCAACGAUGAUCCGUUCAAAGCUGAGAAGAAGAAGAAAGAGAAACCGAAAGAUUUCAAGACAGCGAAAGCAGAGAAACCUGAGGGAGAAGAUCCAUUUACACAAGAGAUUCCUCCUGCAGGAGAAGAUCUAUUCAAACCAGAACCAGUUCACACAGAACCAGAUACAUUCACACGUGGAAAACCUGAAGUAGGAAUCAUGACAAACUUGAAACCAUUGAAAUUACCUAAAGACGACGUACAAGAAGAAAAGAAACCAGAGGAAAAGAAGAACGAAGAAAAGAAGGAAUAUUCUGAAUCUUAUUCAUAUUACACUUACACAUACAGUGACCAACAACCAGGAAACAAGAAAUCUGCUCCUGCUUCAGCUUCUCCAUUCGCUGCUCCUCCUAAAUCUGCUCUAAUGGGAACUGGCUCUGCAAAUGGAAUUGCUCCAACUCCAAAGGAUGAUCCAUUUGCAGCUCCUCCAAAGAAAGUUUCUGCUCCUGCUGAAGAUCCAUUUGCAAAUCCACCAAAACAAACUUCUCCACAAAAUUCAGAUGAUCCAUUUGCAAAUAACUCAAGUAAUGAAGAUCCAUUUGCUCCAAAGAAGUCACCAGCAAAUUCAUCAGAUCCAUUUGCUAAAUCUGAUGAUCCUUUCGCUGCUCCACCAAAGAAAUCUCCACAAAACUCCGCUGAUCCAUUUGCAACACCAGCAAAUAAAUCUCCUGCAAAUUCAGCUGAUCCAUUUGCUGCUCCAUCUCCACAACAAUCUGAUGAUCCAUUUGCUGCUCCUCCAAAGAAGUCACCAGCAAAUUCAGUGGAUCCAUUCUCUUCUGCUGUUGUUACAAAUGAAGAUCCAUUUGCUGCUCCAAAGAAAUCUCCUGCAAGUACAGAAGAUCCUUUCGCUCCAUCACAACCAGCAAAGAAAUCUAAUCCACCAUCAUCAGAUCCAUUCGCUUCAACCGUUCCUUCCACAUCAAAUGAUGAUCCUUUCUCUGCUCCUCCAAAGAAAUCCCCUCAAUCUUCAGCAGAUCCAUUUGCAUCGAACAAAUCUCCUUCUAAUUCAGCAGAUCCAUUUGCAUCCAAUAAAUCUCCUUCUAAUUCAGCAGAUCCAUUUGCUUCAACACCAUCGAAAUCUAAUGAUCCUUUCGCAGCUAGUUCUGAUGAUCCGUUUUCUUCUAAUCCAAAGAAGUCAUCUGCAGCUGCUUCGAAUGAUCCUUUCGCUCCUUCUCCAUCUCCAAAGAAGACAGCAGAUCCAUUCGAAGUUCCUCCAACACCGCCACAGUCUGAUGAUCCUUUCGCUGCUCCUGCAAAAUCAACUCCACAGAAAUCAAGUGAUCCUUUCGCUGCUCAACCGAAGAAAUCUGAAGAUCCAUUUGCUUCCCCUGCCAAAUCCUCCAAUGAUCCAUUUGUUCCUCCUCCAAAGAAACAGGCAGCUCCAUCAAAUGAUCCUUUCUCUUCCUCUCCAAAGUCUUCUGACCCAUUCGCUGCUCCUCCAAAGAAAUCAGCUCCAGCAACAGAUGAUCCAUUCGCUGCCGGUGAUGAUCCUUUCAAGCCAACACCAAAGAAGUCUUCUGCAGCUCCUUCUAAUGAUCCUUUCGCUCAGCCGGCGAAGAAGUCGGCUGAUCUAUUCGCUGCAAAUGAUGACCCAUUUGCAAAGCCAUCGAAAUCAAACGAUCCUUUCGCUUCUAAUCCAAAGACUAAAUCAAAUGAUCCUUUCGCUAACGACCCAUUCGCUAAUCCAAGCCCAUUCGGAACACCAAGCAGCGCUUCUCCUUUCGGAACACCAAGCAAUAGCUCGAAGAAUGAUGAUCCUUUCGCAUGA